AUGGUGGCCAUGAGCCUGUUGCAGCGGGCUUCGGUCGCCACAUGGACAGCGCUGUCUGGCCGGCAUGCUGGCACUAGACUCGGGGUCGGAAGUCUUCUCACACGUGGGGACCAUGGCAAGAGACUGUUCAUCAUCAAGUCUUCUUCAUUCUGUGACAAUUGCUUUUUAAGGUUACUGAAAUUCUACAUCUUGUUGACUGGGAUUCCAGUUGAAAUUGGCACAACGCUGGUAAACAUAUUUAUUGGUGAAGCCGAACUUGCAGAAAUCCCAGAAGGCUACAUCCCAGAACACUGGGAGUAUUACAAGCAUCCAAUAUCAAGAUUGAUUGCCAGAACUUUCUAUAAUUCUCCCAAAAAGAAAUAUGAGAAGACCAUGGCUAUCCUCCAGAUUGAAUCUGAAAAGGCUGGAUUAUGGAUAAAGGAGUUUGAAGUUCCAAGACUGAUGCGUGCCCAUGGUGACGGACCCUGGUUUCAAUAUCCAACGCUUGAGAAGGAAUUCAUUGAUCAUUUUCCAAAAGCAACGCCUAACAACUAG